AUAGCGAGGGACGUGUCCAGACAGGCUAAAAAUUCCAGAGCACUGCUCCUUUGAAGCUAGCUAAAAAAAGGGGGCUCUCUGAGAGGGGUAGAAUAUUCCGGGACUGGGCCAUGUCACUGCAAGGCGACGUGUGCAUGGUGACUGGAGCUUGCGGGUUCCUGGGGGAGAGGCUGGUCCGUCUGUUACUGGAGGAAGAGAAGUUCAAAGAAAUCCGUCUCCUGGACAAACAUGUUCGACCACAGGUCGUACAGUCUCUGGAAGAGGUCAGAGGCGACACGGUGCUGAGUGUGUUUGAGGGUGACAUAAGGGACAGGGAGCUGCUGAGACAGGCCUGUCAGGGAGCGUCGUUGGUCUUCCACACCGCCUCUCUCAUCGACGUUACCGGAAAGGUGGACUACAGUGAGCUCCAUGGGGUCAACGUCAAAGGAACCCAGCUCCUUCUGGAGACAUGCAUACAGGAGAGCGUGGGGUCAUUUGUUUACACCAGCAGCAUUGAGGUGGCCGGCCCCAACCCCAACGGGGAUCCGGUCGUCAACGGCGAUGAGAGCACCCCCUACACGUGCACCCUAAAGUUGCCCUACAGCAGGACCAAGACGGAGGCCGAGCAGAUCGCCCUGCAAGCCCAGGAGGAGGUGCUCCUGAAUGGGGGCCGAUUGGCCACGUGCGCCCUCAGGCCCAUGUACAUCUACGGAGAGGGCUGCCGUUUCCUACUGGGCCACAUGAGCGACGGCAUUCGGAACGGGAACGUGCUGCACAGGACCUCGCGCCGCGAGGCCCGGGUGAACCCUGUGUACGUGGGAAACGUGGCCCUGGCCCACCUGCUGGCUGCCCGCGCCCUGAAAGACCCCAGCGCAGAGCCCGUCGGGGGGAACUUCUACUACAUCUCCGACGACACACCCCCCGUCAGCUACUCUGACUUCAACCACGCGGUUUUGUCUCCGCUGGGCUUCAGCAUCCAGGAGAAGCCCGUGGUGCCCAUUCCGCUCCUCUAUCUCCUCUGUUUCCUCAUGGAGCUGCUGCAGACGCUGCUCCCGACCCUUCCGGCAGUUCACCCUGCCAUGAACCGGCAGCUUCUCACGAUGCUGAACACGCCCUUCACCUUCUCCUACCGAGUGCGCAGGAGGGACAUGGGGUGUCCCCGGCACAGCUGGGAGGAGGCACGCGAGCGCACCAUGGAUUGGGUGGCUUCCCAGUUGCCGAGGGAGAGAGAGCAGAUGAAGGCUAAGUAAUAGGCUGAACCUAUUGCUCUCCAUCAUCUCCAGUCUCCAGCGUAUUAUCCUCAUUAGUGUGGUAUGUCAAAGUGUGUAUUAAAGUUUUGUGAAAACAUC